GAUCACGUGGUUGGCUGGAAGAGAGAUGAUAAAAAAAACUUAAAAAGGAAGUGUCAUUCUCCUUUUGCGCUCUUGUGUUUUGCAGCUCGGUAACAAUGACACUUCAAAUCCUCCUCAUUCUAUCACUCCACGCGGCUCUGGCUACCUCUCUCAGGGAGGUGUCUGGGUACCUGGGGGACAAGGUCACCUUGCCCUCAGCAGCCGACGCGUCAUGGAAACUGUCCUCCAUCACGUGGUCCAUAUUCCCAAACAACACUUGGAUCGCAACCUGUCGCGACCAGAAGACCAACGUCGAGCGAGUGGAUCGGUACAAAAGGAGACUGAGGCUCAACACCUCCACGGGUGACCUGACGAUCCUUCACUUGACCCCAGAAGAUGACAUGGUGUACACUGUCGACCUCACCAACACUGACAAACAGUACAGCGUAAACAAGAUGAAGGUCACAGUGAGAGAACGCCUCCAGAAACCGAUCAUAUCGAGCUAUUUAUCUAAGGAUGAACACUGCUCCUGGUUCCUGCAGUGCUGCUCCACAGACGCAGACGUCCACUUGUCCUGGCAGGAUGUACCUCAGACCGGGACCUUCUCCAACAUGACUACUUCCAACGGCAACUCUGCGGAUCUUUCGGCGUUUCUCCAGAACACGACGAACCUCGUUGAAAUAACCUGCACCUCCCGCAGGAAGGCGGAGAAGGCCUCGCGGGUUGUCACUCUAAUGUGCUACGCUGAGGAGCCUCAACCGACGUUGGAUCCUCAGGUACUGCCCUCGACAAGGGAAAGAUAUUCUCUUGUGUUAUUGGUGGGAAGCAUCCUGGGAGCUUCACUGACGGUAUCUGGUUUAUACAUAGCUAUGUGUGUGAGAAGAAAAAGGAAUAUUUAGGUCGAAAAAAAGACCUGUACAAUGUAAUGGAGACGGAUAUUUUAUCAUCUUGUCAAAUGUCACAAAAAACACAGUUUAUUAGAUCCUUGUUCAUUUCAUUGUUUAUGUAUAAGUAUACAAGCACCUUCGUACAAACAUUUUUAGAAAAAUCAACUUUUUGAUACAUUGUUCCAUCUCACUGUUUGUUGUUGCAAAGGUCCAAUUGUAUGUAUAAUUUUGACUGCAGUAUUAUAAAUACAUUUAUGUGAAAGUUAUUGUUAAAGUAGGUGCAUGUCUUAAGUUAUGUCUUUUGUUAAUAUCUUGCAUGAUGUGUGUCUGUUGUGUUGACUAUUGUUUGCAAACCAAAUUGACCCUCAAGGACAUUAAAGAUUAUCCAAUUCCA